UCUGCCUUCAACAACUGUCACGAAAAAUCGUCCAUCGCAAGUAAAGAAUUUGCGUAAAUUUGCUAACAAGAUUGUAACUGUAGCAUCAAGAACUAAGGCCAUUAUAGUUAUUUGUUAUAUUAUUAAACGUAGUCUACAAAUAGUAAAUAAGAAGUUAACUAUGCUAAGAUCACAAUGAAGUGUUAAUCGGUUGCUCAAUAUUAGUAUAGUGUAAUACAGCAGUAGUGAUGAGUGAACGAUACCCUGGAUACCUGUUCGGUGGGACACCAGUGAGUAGUUGGGACAGGAGUUUCAACUCUUUGGAGAAUCAAAUCCAGCAACAGUACAGAGGUCGGUACGGCGGACCGCCGCGGUUUUGGGGCAGCAUGUCAGAAGGAGGGGUUUCUGCUGCAGGAGACUCCUGCAGAACAAAUCUCAUAGUCAACUACCUGCCGCAGACGAUGACAGAGAAGGACCUUUACGCUAUGUUCAUGACUAUAGGGCCUAUUGAGAGCUGUCGCGUCAUGAAGGACUUUAAGACGGGGUACAGUUACGGCUUCGGUUUCGUGAACUUCACGCGAGAGGAGGACGCGGCGAGAGCCAUAGACACUUUCAACGGAUAUCAACUCAGGAAUAAGCGGUUAAAGGUAUCAUACGCACGACCGUCAGGUGACGACAUAAAAGAGACGAACUUGUACGUGACGAAUUUACCCCGCGCGAUCACGGAAGACCAGCUAGAGACGAUAUUCGGGAAGUACGGACGUAUAGUGCAGAAACACAUACUCAGAGACAAAAGUAAUGGGGCGCCGCGUGGUGUGGCUUUUGUUAGGUUCGACAAACGGGAAGAGGCUCAAGAGGCGAUAGCAGCUUUAAACAACGUGAUACCAGAGGGCGGUACUGAGCCGCUCAGUGUCAAGGUGGCGGAAGAGCACGGAAAGCAGAAAGCGGCUUACUACGCGGGUUGGGCGGCGGGAUUCCAUCACAACCGAGGCGACUACACUUGGAAUUGCGGCAACUGCAUGAUUCCGGAGCCCUGGGAGGAGUUCACCUCCCCUCCUCUCGGCGGCAGCCACCCCACCACCCCGCGCGGCUGCCGGCCCGGCGCCUGCGCGCGCCCCCCCUACCCUAACUACCUCCCCGGGAAAGGCCCGAGGCCCAACAGAGGCAGGAACCUCCCCUGGGCACCCAACUUCGCCGAAGAUAGAUUCAGGGGCCAACGCUGCAGAAACGGACCCACGCCAUACUGGUAAAACUGUACAUAUAUGCAAUGGAUUCGAUUUGAAAUUGUAGAGACUUUUGAUCUCAAUGGUGUACAUAUUUUUAUUUGUGAGGUUUUGACGUAGGCGGAAAACUUUAUAUCUUUAUUAAAAAAAGAUAUCGAGAGUUUAUAUAACAUGGAACUUUAAUAAGGAGUCAAAUGUUAUUCUGGUAGAAGCGAUAAGAAUGGCUAUUAGUAUAUUUUAACACAUUCACUACCAGACACAUUAGUAACCGGUCGUAAUUUAUAACCGCCCGCUUGUAUGACGAGAACCCGCCCAGCGGGUUCUUCGGCAUUUGAGCAGAAUUCUCGAGUGCCCAUCAGGCGGGUUCUUGAUUACGAAAGUGUUAAAACGUAAUCGCUAUUGAAUGAAUUUGAGAGUUUUUGUAAAACGUUUGCGUGAUAAGAUGCAUUUUUUCGUUUUGUCAAAUUGUUGAGUUUGUUUCUAAAGUGUUUUCCAUGGGUUUUUAAUCCGAUAUCUCCUUGUUCCUUUCUUAAAGGUUAUUUUCGUUUGCAGCUUGUACAUUCAUUUUGAUUUUCCUAUUCCAAACUCUGUUUAUUUUAAGUAAUGGUUUAAGUUUAUAGCUUUUUGUAAAUUUCCCGCCUUUUCUUAUAGUAAUUCGUUUGUUUUAUUGUAACCUAAGGUUCUUUUUAUUAACAUUAAAGAGUUUGAAAGACUUA